AGGGAGGAGCGGGAGGUGGUUCCUUGGUGACCACGGAGCGGCGACCGGAAGGGGGGUCGGGCUGCUGGGGCCGCUGUCCCGGGUAUCGCUGCGCUAAGAGGCCGCCCCGGCGGGAGAGCGGCGGCACGGCUCGGCUCGGCUCGGCUCGGCCGCCGCGGGCCCGGCAUGUUCAAGAACACGUUCCAGAGCGGGUUCCUCUCAGUGCUGUACAGCAUCGGCAGCAAACCCCUCCAGAUCUGGGACAAGAAGGUGCGCAAUGGCCACAUCAAGCGGAUCACGGACAAUGACAUCCAGUCACUGGUGCUGGAGAUUGAAGGAACUAAUGUCAGUACCACGUACAUCACAUGCCCUGCUGACCCAAAGAAGACUCUGGGCAUCAAACUACCUUUCCUAGUGAUGAUCAUCAAGAACCUGAAGAAAUACUUCACUUUUGAAGUUCAGGUGCUGGAUGACAAGAACGUUCGCCGGCGUUUCCGUGCGAGUAACUACCAGAGCACGACGCGGGUGAAGCCCUUCAUCUGCACCAUGCCCAUGCGCCUGGACGACGGCUGGAACCAGAUCCAGUUCAACCUGUCAGACUUCACCCGCCGGGCAUACGGGACAAAUUACAUCGAGACCCUGAGAGUUCAGAUCCACGCCAACUGUCGCAUCCGACGGGUCUAUUUCUCUGAUCGGCUCUACUCAGAGGAUGAGCUCCCAGCCGAGUUCAAGCUGUAUUUGCCUGUCCAGAACAAGGCCAAGCAAUAAUUCCACAUUGGGAAGAGGUGGAAGAAGAGGGGAUUCAGCAGAAGUUACGGGGUUAAGUGUACACUCUUGAAGAUACUAAUUUUAUUUUUUUCUUUCCCUGUUUUCCAUCUCUUAUUUUAUAUAUGAUCUAAAUAUGGAUGUAAUACUCACUCUUGGAAAGUUAUUAAACAUUUGAUUCUAUAA